UAAAGCAGCAAAUGACAGAGAAGAAAGAAGUGCAAAAAAUGGAGAAGAAAGAAAGCCAUGGUGGUUACAGGAAGGGAGGGAUGAGAACAAUGCCCUUCAUCUUCUCAAGUGAGAUUUGUGAGAGAUUGGCCAUGUCUGGUUUUAGUACUAAUAUGCUUAGCUAUUUGACACAACAGCUUCAUAUGCCACUAACCAAGGCAGCCAACACUCUAACAACCUUUGCUGGGACUUCAAGCUUGACUCCUUUACUUGGUGCCUUCAUUGCUGAUGCAUUCUCUGGCAGGUUUUGGACCAUAACAGUGGCUUCCAUUAUAUAUCAAAUAGGAGUGAUGACCUUGACUGUAUCAGCAGUCCUACCAAAGCUAAGGCCACCACCAUGCCAUGGAAAUGAAGUGUGCAAAGAGCCUAAUUCAGGGCAGUUAGCCAUUCUCUGGGUGUCUCUUCUAUUUACAGCAAUUGGGACCGGCGGAAUCCGGCCUUGCGUGGUGGCAUUCGGCGCCGAUCAAUUCGAUGAAACCGAUCCAAAACAAAGGACUAACACAUGGAAUUUCUUCAAUUGGUAUUAUUUCUGUAUGGGCUUGUCUACAGUUGUGGCUGUGACUGUGAUUGUUUAUAUACAAGAAACGAUUGGUUGGGGUUGGGGACUUGGAAUUCCAUCCAUUAUCAUGUUCCUUUCCAUCGUAACCUUCAUAGUUGCGUAUCCACUGUACCGGCAUUUGGAUCCCUCUGGGAGUCCCUACACUCGCUUGGUACAAGUCAUUGUUGCUGCCUUCAGGAAAAGAAAGGUUCUUAUGGUUUCAGAACCAGAAUUAAUGCUCUAUGAGAAUGACGAGCUUGAUGCCUCCAUCUCCAUUACUGGGAAGCUUCUUCACUCUAACCAAUUAAGAUGUUUAGACAAGGCAGCAAUCUUGACAGAGGAGGAGAAAGUUGGAUCUUUAAAGAACCCCAACUUAUGGAGGUUAUGUACAGUCCACAGAGUUGAAGAGUUGAAAUCAAUGAUUAGAUUAUUACCAAUAUGGGCUUCUGGGAUUGUUCUCACAACAGCCUUGGCACAACAAAACACCUUCUCCCUACAACAAGCUAGAACCAUGGAUCGUCACCUUUCUCAUUCCUUCCAAAUCCCACCUGGUUCCAUGUCUGUUUUUACCAUGAUUUCCAUGCUCAUAACACUAUCCCUUUACGAUCGCGUCCUCACCCCUAUCGCUACACGCUUUACGGGUCUCGAUAGAGGCAUAUCCUCCCUCCACCGUAUGGGCAUUGGGUAUUUCAUUUCCAUCUUUGUUACCCUUGUUGCUGGCUUCAUUGAGGUCAAGCGCAAACAUGUAGCCUCUGUUCAUGGACUCACAGAAAAGCCACACUCAACCAUCCCCAUUUCUUUUUGUUGGCUCAUCCCUCAAUAUACUCUCCAUGGUAUGGCUGAAACUUUCACCAUCAUUGGACAUCUUGAAUUCUUAUAUGACCAGGCACCUGAGAGCAUGAGGAGUACGGCUGCUGCACUGCAUUGGACAGCAGUUUCGUUGGGAAAUUAUGUUAGUACAAUGCUUGUGAUGAUGGUACAUUCAAUUACUAAAGGGAGUUGGCUUCAGGACAAUCUAAACGAGGGGAAGUUAGAGUACUUCUACUGGUUGAUCACAAUUUUGCAGGUUUUGAAUCUCAUAUACUAUUUGUUGUGUGCCAAGUUCUAUUCAUGGAAGCCCAUUCAGCUUCACCAAAAAGGGAUUGAUUCCAAAGCCGAAGUCGAACUUGCCGGUCAGCCAGUUUAG